UCGGGAGGGCAUCCCUCCUCUGGCUGAUGGAGCGUCAGGUACAUGAGAGAUUCUUCUCUCCUAGUUCCACUUACAGUCUGAUUUGGGGCAUGACUAUUGUGAUGCUAUGCCGGGCACAAGGAAAAGUGAUGACCGAGAAUGAGACAGUGCCACUGGAGAGACCUGCUUCCUUAAAGUGUUCCCUGUCAACUCUUCAAGAGGCCUUGAUAGUCACAUGGCAGAAACUCACUAAAGGAAGACCAGAAAAUAUAGCAACUUACAGCACAGCACAUGGUGUAGUAAUCCAAAAACCUUACCAAAAUAAAAUAGAAAUGACCCAGCAAGGGCUCAGUGAAUCUACCAUCACCUUCUUACGAACUACACCUGAGGAUGAGCAAUGCUAUUCAUGCAUCUUUAACAUCUUUGGUUCUGAAGCAGUCUCAGGAAAAACAUGCCUCAAACUUUAUGUACAGCCCACAGUAUUCCUGAACUAUGAGUUCUCUGGGGACCACCUGAAUGUCACCUGCUCUGCCAUUGGCCGGCCGGCCCCUGUGAUCUCCUGGAAGGUGUCUGGCUUAGUGGCACAGAAUACCAAUGAGAGUAACACCAAUCUAAAUGGUACCACAUCAGUCACUAGCACACUCCACAUCAAAGACUUUGAGAACUGGGUGGAAAAAAAGAUUGUCUGUAAUGUGCAGCAUAUGGAGAGUAUGAUGGAAUACAGUGUGACCCCAAGCAAAGAAGGUACAGGUCAUCAUUUUUCAGUGCCUAUAAUGGUGAGUGUCCUUGUGUCUGUACUGCUCCUGCUGGCCUUGAUUCUACUCUUAUUCUACUGGAAAUAUCGGCGCCAGAGUAGAGGUAAGUUGCAGGUUGAAGUGGGGGUAGGAGUUGGAGAAAAUAGAGAGAUAGUAAAAAAAAAAAAAAAAAAGUGGAACCAAAUUGUUUUCUAAUGUUGUUUGAGGAACGUGCUAUCAGAUAUUUGUGAGAUGGGAAAGUUAUAUUUUUUGUUUUCAUUUCAAAGACAUCAAAAGGAAUUCUGGAUCAUAUGACUACUAAGAUGGAAGACUAGAUAUUUUCUCUAGUCCUUAUAACCUUUCAAAAACGCCCAAAAUAGGAUAUAUGUGCAAGAAGUAAAAUAGAGUUUCCAUGAGCCACAAAAUAAAGACAUUUCAUUAAAAACCACUCAAUUAGUUAAUAGCAAAAAAAAAAAAAAAAAAGGCCAAUGUCUAUUAGGUAACAUCCUUAGUCAUUGUGACAUAACCGUAUUUUGGGAUCCACUUAGCAAUUUCCAACUUAGUUUUUGCCAUCAUGCCCUAUCCCUCUGGUUACUCCCCCGUAUCCAUUCUGUGACAGCAAGUAGCAUAAUUCUACCCUGACCCUCCUUUUAAGUAUAAGGGCUGAUAGAAUGCCUAAAUCAAAGAAUACAUUUUAGUAUGGAGAGUGUUUAACUGGAAAAAACACAGAACUAUAAAAUACUCAGAAAAACCACAUCUUUAAUCAGGAGAGGAGUUUGGUACAAUUUCCUCAGGCUUCCAAGUAAGAGUUACACGCUCAAACCCCACACAAAGCCGGGAGACUCUGGCUAUUCUGGCUAUCAACCUUUGGGAGUGCCAACAGCUCUAGACUGACAGUUCUGAGGAACCAUGAAAAUUGGGGAACUUAUAUAUACCUCUUGAACUGAGGAUGGGAGAGUAUAGUUGAUUGGCUUUACAAUGGCUACAAAGAAAAUGUGGAGUCCUAGACAGGAUUUUCUGGGAGAGGCUAAUGCUUUACAAUGGACACAAAAGGGAAAGAUCCAGCCAAGGGGCUGGGCUACCUUAGAAAGGACUUUGACAUUAAGGGAGAAAUGACUGGGACAAAAAGAAGGGUACUUCCCACCUGAUUAAGACUGCUAGCUCCACCUAAAGUACUUUAAGGUCUAUUGUUAGUCUGAAACUUGUGAAGUUGGGAUUUCCCUCCUGGAGAAAUUCUCAUGUGACAAGGACAAACUUGAGGGCUUCAACUUUCAAGCUAACUAAACUUGGGGGUUUUCAGAUUCCACAUGGCUACAAGUUUGGAGGUUUCUAUGUUCCAAGUUGACAAGAGAAAAAAAAGAUCAUUAAUGCAGAGAAUAAAGGAAAAAUAAUUUUUAAAAUAUACAGAAAAAAACUAACAAAAAAGUUGAAGGGGAGGAAAGGAAGGGGGCUUUUUAAUUAACUACUUGAGAGAGGAAAAAUAGGGGAGAAAUCAGAUAAAAGAAAGAAAGAGAAAAGAAUUAAUCUAAUAAACAAAACUCCAAAACUAGGAAAGAAUGUAUGGAAUGGGAAGAUGUAGGAGGUGAAGGUAGUGGGAAGAGAGCCUCUGUGAAUAAGGUUGCCUUAAAGUCAGUAGGUUGUGCACCUGCCUAGGAAAAUGGAAAGACUGCUUGACUAAACCUUCAGCAGUGUCUCUCUUCACCUUAUUAUGUUUAUGUAUAUGACCUAAGACAGGAGACAUCCUAAUUUAGUAGGGGAAGCUCUCUACAUUGGGAAUCAAAAGACUUGAGCUCAGAUUCUGCCUCUUCGACUUCCUGCCUGUGUGACCUUGAGUAAAUUUCUUAUAGUUUCUGGGCUUCAGUUUCUUCAGGACAUUGUAUUAAAUGACUAAAUAAUUAUAUGUUUUUCCCAGCUCUAAAAUCUAUCUUAAGUCAUUUCUCAUUGUAGUUUUUAGUUUCCUCCUCUGCCAAAUAGGAGGAAGGACUGAAUGCUGUAUAAGGUACUUUAAAUUCUAAAUAACUUUUCCGCCCUCCAAACCUAAAUUCCUCUUCUCCCCCUAAGUGCUAGGCAAACACAUUGGCAUUUGGCUUUCUGAACUACACCCCCCUUUUCACUUAAACCUCUCUUCACUCAAAGCUCUCAGACCAAGGCUGACAGGAAGACAGAGGGUUGCUGGCCAAAUGUUCUUUUGUAUUCAACCAAGCCUUGGCUUUAUUUUCCUGUUUCCAUGUGUGGAAAGUAAAUAUUAAUCCGUACCCCUUUUUGGCAUCCCAAGACAACCUUUACAUUUUGUCUUUAAUAAAGUUUAUUAAUAUUUACUUGUAUAGGAAAAGGAAGUGAGAGAGACAGAGACAGA